UCUAGUUUUAUUUUAUGAAAAUCAAAUACAUAUGAUUAUUAUUUUGACACACACGAAUAUACAUGUAGUUUUAUUUUACAAUUAUGUUCAUUUGAUAAAAUUCCUAGUCCAAAAGCUAGUGAUAUAAAUAUACACGCCUUUGAGCACAUGAAGCAACCUCAUUUAAAGUGAAAGUUCAGUGUUAGACAAACAUGAUUUAUCUGGUAUGCUUAACUGCUACAUGCCGAAUUGGAAAUAAACAGGUAUCUUCCGGCUGUAUUUUGUUGGUGCCAUAAGGUAAGUCAGUGACUUUUAAUAAAUAAACUUAGUACGACUGCUCCAACACUACCACCAUCGAUGAACCAUUCACAAAAUGGUUAAUUAAGGUUGUUUACUUACGUCAUCGUACACAUGAAUUUUGUUGGUGUCAUGAGGUACGGAACGAUUGACUUUAAUCAAAAGACUGGGUGUGACUCCCCUAAAUCUGCUACUAUUCCCUGAUUAUUUCUGGGCAUUCACAAAACAGUUAAUUAUUAAGUUAAAAACUGGAGGAUAUAUACUAAGCGAGUAUAAUGUGUAAGGGGAUGGCACGCGAGGUCUGUCCACGAAUAAUGGUUUAAUUACACGCGAAUGAACGAACCCACUGUAAUUAGCCGUGGUAUGUAUAUACUUUUCCGGAAAUCGGGGUUCGCCACGAACAUCCGUCGAAGAUACAGCACCCUGGGCGGUACUAAAUCUAUCGAAGCAUCAAUAUUCUACCUAACAACGUGCACAUUUCGCGAUGCAUCGUGCAUACGUGCACUGGCGUGCGUAAAAUCGCAGAGAGAAGCUAUUGAACGCGUGAAGCAGCUGGCGACUUUCUAAAGUCCCCCCCGGGGAUCCUCUGUAUCCCUACGGUGACUUUGCAUGUUGCAAUCGGCCGAGAGAAGCGGCGGGAAGCACUUUUACUGAUUUUUCACCACCGCGUGUCUGAAUGUUAUAUCACAAACCACGCGAGCGCGGGAGAUGGCGGUCAGUGUCUUGAGAUAUCUCAUGUUCGUCCUCUUUGCUGCGCUGCAAUAUCAUUAUGUGAAUGCGGAGACAAAAACGUUCAAGGAUCUGUUUAACAGUACAUCCUGUGCGAAACCACCCUUUGAAUGCCCACAUCCACAGAUAGAAUUUUAUUUGUACACAAGAGAAACACAAAAGAAGCCUCUACGCAUUAACGUACGAAGGUUCGAGUCACUUCAGUAUUCCACAUUCAAUAAGUCACAUCCCACGAAAAUCAUUAUCCACGGUUUUGGUGGAGGGAGGAAUUUAAUACCCAGCCCGGAUCUUCGAAAAGCGUAUUUCACGCGAGGCGAUUACAAUAUUAUAAUCGUCGAUUACGGUUCGUUGGUGCGCGAGCCUUGUCUGUCGCAAAUACAAUGGGGUCCAGAUUUCUGUUCACGAUGUAUUGCUCAAUUGGUAAGGUACUUGAGGGAUCAUCCUCGUGGAACGAGGGUGGAGAAUAUACACGUGCUCGGAUACAGCGUGGGCGCGCAUAUAGCUGGUCUGAUUGCGAAUUAUUUGCCCGAUGACAAGCUUGGAAGGAUUACAGGACUCGAUCCAACGAUAUUUUUCUACAUGAAUGGGAACCGGUCCAUGGAUUUAGACGAAACGGACGCGCAUUUCGUCGAUGUGAUCCACACUGGUGCCGGGAUUUUAGGUCAAUGGGGUCCAACCGGGCACGCAGAUUUCUAUGUGAACGGAGGUUCCAGCCAGCCCGGUUGCGCGACAACUUCCUUGCUCCAGACGUUGUCGUGCGACCACACAAAAGUGACGCCUUAUUACAUAGAAUCAAUCACGACGAAAGUAGGAUUCUGGGCAGCGCAGUGUGGAAAUCUCUUUUCCUACCUGAUCGGCUGGUGCAAUCCCAAACUCGAAGAGCACAUACUCAUGGGAGAAGACGCCCCACAUACAGCACGAGGCAUCUACUAUCUCUCAACAAACGCACACAAACCAUACGCCCGCGGCCUUCCCGUAAAAAGCCAACGAACGACAAAUCGGAAACGAUCGUCCUUCCGCCAGUACUAAGCUUACUGAAGCAGUUAAUCAACAUAAUUAUAGAAUAAUUAUAGAAUAAUUAUAGAAUAAUUAUAAUAUACGCGGUUAUUAGUUGUAUGUACUGUAUGUUGUGUUAUGUUUGCUUCUGUUGUUUCUUUAUAUAUUUUUUAAUUAGUUUUUACGUAAUAAACUAGUUUGUUACGUAACAUACUAUCAAGCGCCGCAUACUAUUGCUAGUUUAAUGUAUUUAUUCCACUGGAUUUUAUUGUUAUGGUGUUCCAAGAACUGUCGCUUUUUCCGAUUCUGUCAGUUUUAUGGAAUCGUCCGGCGUUUAGUGAUAAUACGAUGGUUUUCGUUAUUAUAAUACACGUAAUUAUAAUAUACGUAAAUCUAUUCUUUAUCGUCACGGCUCAUCGUUUAUCUAUCUGUGAUUAAUAUGAAUGUAAAUUAUAAUUAGAAAUAGACAAAUUAUUAUAUUAGCAAAGUAGACGAAUUAAGAGCGAAUAUUUUUUUUCGAAUGAUAUUGGUGUCUAAUCAGGAUAAAAUAAAUCUUAAACUUAAAACGGAAGGAAAAAAUAGUCUUGAAAUGAAUUA